AUGCAUUUCUCCUCAGUUCUCUCAGUCCUGGUUGCCUCAUCUUCAUUGGUCGUGGCUGUACCACCUACUGAUCGGCCAACUCAAAUCAACCCUGAUUUACGUCUCAUCAAGACAUCUGAAGCUGACCCGGGAACUUGGGUCACUGAAGAUCAGAAGAUCGAGGAAUAUGUAGCCAAGAACAUCGGCUUCAUUGAUAUCACGGAUAUCACUGUAUGUAAAUCCGCAUGAUUCUAGGCACAUUUUACGGAUACUAAUCGAAGACCAGAAUGCGACCACACUCGCAAAGCUUUCCACCGUUGAGGAUGUCUCUCUCGUCCAAGCUGUUGCAGUCUCAUACCCGAGCUCGCUCACACACCAAACCCAAGCCAACACAUUAAUCAACUCUCUCAACACUACCGGUCCCAAGAGUUGGUUGAAAACACUAUCCGAGUAAGUCUAUUCCAACAAAAUUCCGGUGGCUUUUCCAAAGUAGAAAUUAAUGUGAUGGAGCUUUUACAAUCGGUACUAUCGUUCUUCUUACGGUACCCAGGCCGGGACAUGGCUCCUCGGUCAGCUUAGAACCAUUGCUGGAACUAACUCCGCAAUCACUGUUACAACUUUCGCCCACUCAUUCUCGCAGCCCAGUAUCAUUGUCAAGGUCCCAGGAACUAGCAGCAACCUAGUGAUUGUGGGAGCUCACUACGAUUCCACCGGAGGGAGCUCCACAGCCAGGGGCCCAGGCGCAGAUGACAACGGCUCAGGAGUUGUAGUUUUGAUGGAAGCACUCCGUGUCAUUGCCGCUGCCAAGUUCGCACCAAAGAACACUCUCGAAUUCCACUUCUACGCAGGUGAAGAGGGUGGAUUACUCGGCUCCUCAGCCGUCUUCGCAAACUACGCAUCUGCCGGGAAAACCGUUCUUGCAAUGGUUGCCCAAGAUAUGGCUGGCUACAGUCCAAGUGGAAAGGUUUCUGUCUACAACGACUACAGUGACAGCGGUUUGGUUUCUUAUGUGCGAAGAAUUGUCACCCAGUACACUGGGUUGACUUACACCACUGACACCUGUGGUUAUGGAUGCUCUGAUCACGCUUCUGCUUACUCCAACGGUUUCCGUAAGUUUGAAUUAUUCCGGAAUCAAGACUUUGGCUUGAAGGUUGGGUUUGCUGACUCUGAAUUAGCUGCUGCUUAUGUUUGCGACGAGCCUAUUGAUACUUCUUCCCCCUACAUCCACAGUCCUAGGGAUGUAAGUAGUCCCUCCCAGCAUCCUCCACCCCUGGAUGAAAAUAGCUAAUAUUUGAAAUAGACAUAUGACACUGUCAGCUUUGAUACCGUCCUUCGUCAUGCCAAGUUCACCGUUGGUUUCUUGGUUGAGGCCUCUUAUAUGUAA